AUGAGUGAAUCAAAUAUAACAUUUUCUGAUCAAACACAUCGAAUUUUUAUUUUAUCAUCUAAACCAAUGAAUGAUCAUACUGCUUUAUAUAUUAUAUUAUUAUUAGUUAUUCUUCUAUUUAUUCUUUUAUUUUAUUUAAUAUAUAAUUUUAUUUCAUUUAAACGUUAUACGAUUUCUCGAAAAACUCAAAUGAAUUCAUAUUUAUAUUCAACAAAACAAUUAAAUGAUCAUUUAUCAAUUAUUCUUGCUCAAACAACUAAACCUAAAAUUGAAAGACGUACACAAUCAUGUGGAGAAUUAAAACUUCCAUUACAUCGAGUACCAUUACGAACAAGAACUUCAUUAUCGAUGUAUCAAAAUUUUAGACAAACAAAAAAUUUUAUUCCCAAUCAAUAUGAAACUACUAAUGAACUUAUUUCUGAUCUUUGA